AUGAACUGCAAAAUACUAGAUUUUAUAGUUGCGGGAAGUGCAGAGCAGUCGGGUGCAAAUGCAAGGAGUGCGAGAUCCGAGCGGGUGUCGCCGAUAACACCAUCGCACUUGAGUCUUACGCCUUGCGCCGCAACCACCUCCCAUUUUACGGAUCUCGCUGUUUUGAUCUCUACCUCGCCAAAAUGCAAAGUUGUCGCAUUUGCUGUAGGCGCAAAGUCAAAUGUGAUCGCACUCCAGGAGGUUGUCACAGAUGCCGCAAGUACGCACUGUGGCAGGCCCAAUGCCGAAGAGAACAAAUUUAGAUGGGAAAACAACAGAAGCCGGACUGAAGCGGCGACGGAACCUGCGUUCUUGUCUACAAUGCAAGCGAGCAAAGGCCAAAUGCUCUGGUGGACCUACCUGUAA